GAUAUCUUGAGCGCGAAGGGCACACCAGGGUCAUCACGGACGGACGCCGAUCCAGUCUUCAGGCAGACGUCGUCGACGCACCGGCGAUUCAGUAUUAGCCACGCGAUCCACGAUCGACUACCAAACAACAUACGUUGGCUCCAAACGAGGUAAUCCACCAUGGUGAAGGAAGUUACUGCCCGUGGUAACCUUUGUGGGGACAAAAUAACAACGAGAUACAUUAUUGCAAUAUUGGGCUCUUCCGGCCUGGGCAUCAUCUAUGGGUUGAAGGUGAACCUUCAUGUUGCCAUUGUCAGCAUGGUGAAUCAUACCGCUUUGGAGGCUGGAGGUGACGUUGGUCAUGGUGCCAAAUCCUCGGCCGAAUCAUGUGCUCCCGAAUCACUCUCAAACGAUACCUCAUCAUCACAUGCCGAGGAUGGUCCUUUUGCAUGGUCUACCUCUAUUCAAGGUCUCCUUCUUAGUGCUUACUUUUGGGGUUAUAUAGUAGCUCAGGUUCCCGGAGGCAGAAUAGCAGAAUUGCUUAGCGCAAAAUGGGUUAUGUUCUUUUCCGUCGUUAUCAACGUCGUUUGUUCCUUGUUGACGCCGUUAAUGUCGAGUCUUCAUUUUGGCGCUCUAAUAGCAAUGAGGAUAGGCCAAGGUAUUGGCGGUGGUGUGACAUUCCCAGCCAUGCAUGUAAUUUUGGCCAAAUGGGCACCGCCGAAUGAGAGGAGUGUGCUUAGCAGCAUUGUUUAUGCCGGAACCGCCCUAGGUACAGUGAUAUUCAUGCUCAUUUCUGGACUGAUCGCCGGUAACUUGGGAUGGGAAGCUGUUUUCUACAUUGAAGGUGGAUUGGCUAUGAUCUGGUUGGUGUUUUGGGUGAUUUGCUCAGCUGAUACUCCCCAACAGGCCAGGUUCAUCAGCCAAGAAGAAAGGGAUUACAUUACUACGUCACUUAAUCAGGGCGGAGAGGAAGAAGGAUCUUCACAUAAAUCACCACCAUUCCCAUGGAAGAAAGUUUUUACUUCUCCUGCGUUCUUGGCCAUUUUGAUCGCCCAUACCUGCUCAAACUGGGGAUGGUACAUGGUUCUUAUUGAACUUCCAAUGUACAUGAAAUCAGUCCUCAGCUUCAAGAUCAGUGAAAAUGCAGUUUUGACCGCCGUACCCUUCUUGUGCAUGUGGGUCUUCAGCAUGGUCCUCAGUAAAAUCCUCGACACUCUUAGGGCAAAAUCUAUUAUCAACACAACCGUCGCUCGUAAAAUAGCCACCUGUGUUGCCAGCGUUAUACCUCUCUUCUGUUUUAUUGGACUGUGCUACAUUGGAUGUAACAGAGGUGUAGCUGUAGCUUUAAUGACGAUUGCUGUUAUGUGCAUUGGCGGAAUGUUCUGCGGCUUCCUCUCCAACCACAUUGACAUCGCUCCAAACUUUGCUGGUACUUUAAUGGCUAUUACCAACACAGUUGCAACGAUUCCAGGCAUUCUUGUGCCCAUGUUUGUUGGUAAACUCACCGAGAGUGACCCUGGCAUUGGUUCAUGGAGGAUAAUCUUUUGGGUGACCAUCGCUCUGUACAUUAUUGAGAUUUUAGUUUACGUUAUCUUUGGUUCAGGAGAAGAACAAAAAUGGAACAAAGUCGAAGGAGAUACCGGCGAAUCUCAGCCUCUAAAGGCGACACAAAGUAAAGACCCAAAAUAAGUUUCACUUAUCCGCACAAUAUAAACAUCAAUGUUUUAAAGUAUUAAUUAAAUUAUUAAUAAGUAGUCAAAUUGAUGUUUUAAAACUAAAUAAUAUAUUCUGGAACAACAGCGUAGUUCAAAUGUAUUUAAACAUCUUAAAUUCAGUGACUGAUCAAACUCGAAAGUAGCAUUUUCACGCUUAUGCAUAUUUACGAACAAGACUGAGAAACUCAUCAAUAAAAUCAUGUAUAGGUAGAAGCAGCAUGAAUGAAUCUAUAGUCAUACAAAACCACAAAUUAACUGCCAGUUAUAUAAAGAUUUCGAAUAAAAUUGCGACGCUUAUGAGUUUGACUUGUUACUAAUAUGUAUUUACACACAACCGUGUAAUUAAGUGCUUUUAUUAUAUUAUUUUAUACUCAAACAUAUGCUACUAAAAUAAAAAAACGUUGCAUAUGUAAACUCAGAACAUGUUAAUGUGUAAAAAAAAUACACAGGUAUCUGUACAUAUUUUAUUUUAGUAAUAGAUAAUUUAUAUAGUGUUAUGUAUUUUCGUGUAUUUUAUUCAGUGUGCUAAAAAAAUCUAUAUGUAAUAUAUUUUACAAA